CAUUUCUUAUCAGUGUCAUACGACACCCACUGAGACUGAGAUCUUUUAUUAAAGGUGCAGAGAUUUGACAUUCAAAAGAGAACGUGAUGGACCGUCUCCGCUGUAUAAAUGUGACAUUUAGGGGGAAUCUAGAAAAAAAAACACAAAAUUCAAUAUCACAAUUAAAGAUUUGUAUCAACAUAAAGUCACAGCUUCCCUCCAUGUGUCUUUGUGUCUUUGUGUCUUCUGUGUUUCCUGCAGACGUCCAGCAGCUGUCGGUGGGUGAAGAAGAUCCUCAUGAGCAGCAGGAGGGGAGCUCCAGUCUGGACCAGGAGGACUCUGAGACUGUGCACAUUAAAGAGGAACAGGAGGAACUGUGGAGCAGUCAGGAGGGACUGGAGGAGGCUGAUAUCAAGUUCCCCUUCACUCCUGUCUCUGUGAAGAGUGAAGAUGAUGAAGAGAAACCUCAGUCCUCACAGCUUCAUCACAGACACACUGAAGAGAUGGAAACAGGAGCUGAUGGAGAGGACUGUGGAGGACCAGAACCAGAGAGGGACUCAGAUCCACAGAGAGGUUUCUAUCCAGAGAUCGAGGUCAAGACUGAAGACUCUUCUGAACCAGAAACUGAAGACAGUAAUGACUGGAAAGAGACCAGAGAACAUCAUUCAGGUGUAAACUCUGUGGAAAAGAUUAAAGCUAAGAGAAAAAAGACUCACAGCUGCUCUGAGUGUGGUAAAAGAUUUCCAAGGAAAAAUAAUCUGAGCCAACACAUGAUUAUUCACACGGGAGAGAAACCCUUCAGCUGCUCUGAGUGUGGUAAAAGAUUCAACAGCAAAGGACAUAUGAGCAGACAUUUGAUCACUCAUAGCAGAGAGAAAUCGUUCAGCUGCUCUGAGUGUGGUAAAAUAUUUACCAAGAAAGCUCAUCUGUCCAAACACACGAGAAAUCACACAGGAGAGAAACUCUUCACUCCAACCUGGACCUGCCGUCAGCCGUGCUGCACAGAGGUGGAGACAGAGUCAGCAGGACGCACAGAGGUGGAGACAGAGUCAGCAGGACGCACAGAGGUGGAGACAGAGUCAGCAGGACGCACAGAGGUGGAGACAGAGUCAGCAGGACGCACAUCCAUGACGAACAAGAAAGUCAGAGCGCAUUACUUUGAUCAUGACAGUGAGUCUCAGAUGCCACCACGCUAA